GAUCGCUCGGUAAUUUACAGGAGCGGACAGCGUCAAAAGCGAAGCCAAACACCGGUAGCUCAAAAUCGACUUGAAGCGCAUGUAAGAUCAGGGAAUCUGAAAAGUUUCUUAGCGUAUAAGAGGAGCACCGCGUGGACGCAUUUACUGGUUACUUUUGCUUUUAUUUUUAAAGAUAUAUGUUUACUCUUUCAGUAUGAGGUUCCCUAACAGAAAACUACACACGGCGGUGGAUGGAGAAGACUCGGGCGUUUCUGCACACUUCAAAAAUCCCUUCGUGCACGAGUUGAGAUUUACUCCUCUGCAGAAACUCAAGAUAGCUGUGAUGACUGUGACGCUGUUCCCUGUUCGUCUGCUCUUUGCUGCGUUCAUGAUGUUGCUGGCCUGGCCAUUUGCAUUCGUGGCUACCGUUGGCCGUUCUGAGGAUGCCGUUGAACCUCUGUCCUGGUGGAGGUGGCUGGUAGAUCUGGUCCUAAAGGCCAUCAUGAGAGCCAUGUGGUUUUCCGGAGGGUUUCAUUGGGUCAGUGUAAAGGGCCGGCCAGCGCUGCCCAGUGAAGCGCCCAUCCUCACCAUGGCCCCUCACUCAUCCUACUUUGACGCCAUCCCAGUCACCAUGACGAUGGCCUCUAUAGUGAUGAAGGCUGAGAGUAAAGACAUUCCACUCUGGGGCAGUGAGUUCGAGAUCAAACGCAGAGCUUGUUCUGACGGCGAAUGGCCUCAGAUCAUGAUAUUCCCGGAGGGCACAUGCACCAAUAGGUCCUGUCUCAUCGAAUUUAAGCCUGGUGCAUUCAUCCCUGGAGUUCCCGUGCAGCCUGUGGUGUUGCGGUAUCCUAAUGAGAUGGAUACAAUCUCAUGGACGUGGCAAGGGCCUGGAGCAUUUAAGAUUCUGUGGCUCACAUUAUGUCAGCUACAUAACUCCGUAGAAAUAGAGUAUCUUCCUACGUACACCCCAUCAGAGGAGGAGAAGAAGGAUCCAGCCCUGUUCGCCAGCAACGUGAGACGUAUCAUGGCCAAGGCGCUUGGGUUGCCCAUUAUCGAUUACUCCUUUGAGGACUGCCAGCUUGCUAUGGCCAAAGGGCCUCUACGUUUGCCCAGACACACCUGUUUGCUGGAGUUUGCAAGACUGGUACGACGUUUGGGCCUAAAGACGGGAGUCACUGAUGAAGUCCUGCAUGAGGAAGGUUUCAGGGCCCGUAAGCUGUGUGGAAGCAGACUGGAUGUGAAGGGAUUUUCUCAGUACCUCAACCAGCCCAUGACAGAAGCAGUCCAGGACAUUUUCUCACUUUUUGAGGAGCACGGGAAGAUGGAUGUGAGAGAAUAUGUCAUCGCCCUGUCUGUGGUUUGUAGACCUUUCAGGUAUCUGGAGACCAUUAAACUGGCAUUCAGGAUGUUUGAAGCACAGGAGGAUGGAGCAGUUGUAGAAGAAGAGUUGGCCGUCAUUCUGAAAACCGCUCUGGGAAUUGGAGAUUUUGCUGUUAGCGAUCUCUUCAGGGCCAUAGAUUGUCAAGACAAAGGAAAGCUCACAUUUGAUGAUUUUUGCCAGUUUCUGGAGAAUUGUCCUGAUUUUGCGGAGCAGUACCACUGUCUCAGUGAGCCGAUCCCUCAAUCCUCCAGAGAAGCCACAUCACCCUCAGAGUCUCAGCCUUCAACUAACGGCUUCUGUGCUGACUUCAGCCCUCGAGAUCCCAACACUCACGACGCUGCACACAGCAAGAAACAGGACUAAAAGCAGCUUUUACUAUCACAGCCUGUCACCCUCAGUGUGUGAGGGUGUUUGUGUGUGCAUGUGUGUACUUCUGUGUGCAGGAGAGGUGAUGACAGACCAUAUCUUGAAGUUGAAUUGGGAUUUACAUCUGGGUACAUUACCCCAGGGACUCUUCUAGAGUUCUGUUCAAAAUCCUUUAGUUAUUUAUUUUUUUAUACCCUCGAAGAACCUGUCUUCCAGGCGUUUUCUGACAUAUCUUACGAAUGGGAACUAAAUAUGUAUGUUAUUUUUUUUUUAUUUUUUUUUUUUUAGAUUUUAGAUUUUCUAUAUAAAGUGUUCUUUGCUUUAUAACACAAGAGUGUGGUUUUAAUAUACGCAAAACAACAAAAGCCUUUGCUGAUGUUCUUCAGGGUGCAAUUGUAAGUUGAUAUUUUGACUUGUACUACCACAUCCUUCACAAAAAUAUUAGUAUAAAGAAAAUUUGAUUAAACCUGUAAAAGUCUCUGAUUGGGUUUUACAUACAAGGAAUUCUUUUAUCAGUAAAUCCUAUGUUGUGUUAGAUAAUUAACAAAGAUAUCUGACAAACAAAUUCACACUAUUUAUUUGAGAUGGGUUUGUGUUUAAGA